CUGUAUGUAGAGGGACCUAUGUAAAAUUACCAAGAUGUCUGUCCCUCAGCUGUUGACCCGUGGUCGCGCUUGGCUGAAGUCCUGAUACAUAAAAUAGCCAGCUAUAUGCACUCCAACGAUGUUGCUAGUAGCCUUAGGCUGCUGAACCACGAGACAGCGCAGUGCCUGAAGGCGCACAACUGCAUCCAGCUCUCGCAGCCGCUGAAGCCAGCGCCUUCGUGGGCUGGCAACAAAACUGUGCAUGUAGCUUCCCAGUCCUGGCCCUCUGUGGCGUUUGUGGCGCACUGGGGCCGACCGCAGCCCUGGCGCGCCCUCAGCUUGAAACAGCGGCGCCAGCUGCUGUGCCUGGCCGCGAACUCGGGCUGUGCCGAGAGCCUUGAGGUCGCGCUGGCGCAGUGCGGCUGCAGCCUGACGUCGGAGGUGGCCGAGGCUGCCGCGCUCGGCGGCAGCGUGCCUGCGUGCGAGACGCUGCUGAUCCGGGAGGGCUGCGACUGCAAGGCGCACCUUGAGGACGUCGCGGCGGAGGCUGGUCACCUGGAGCUGCUGCGCUGGCUGCGCCAGCCUCGGCGGCACGAGCUUCUGCCGGGAUUUCUGACACGUCGGCUGCUUGAGCAGCAGGCAGGGCAGGCCAUGCCGGCGGUCCGAGCCUGCCACGGCGGUCAUGCGCAUAUCCUUGCCUGGCUGCAGGAGGAGCAGCAGAGGCAGCAGCCGGGACUCGGAGGCAUUAUUGCGGCAGGGCCGUGGACGCUAUUCCGACCCACAUCAGUGCUGUUCCUGGCGGGCGCGGCCGGCGCGGGUGGGCACGUGCAGCUACUGGACCAGCUUCUGCCGCGCCUGGAGCCCGUCUCCACGGGGGCGGAGUGCUACAUGCUGGGGCAGGUGGCGCAGGGCUGCCCGCUGGAGGCCCUGCAGCGGGCUUACAACCACGUAUUUCAGGCGAACGUGCAUCCAAACAUUAGUAUUAAGCAGACUCUGGCGAUUGCCGCCGCCGUUAGCAGCACGCCGGACUGGGAGCAGAAGCUGGACUGGGUCCUGCAGCAGCAGCCGCACGGGGCCGACCUGCCCGGGCACCCCAAUCCCGAUGACGACUUUUUCAAGGAUGUCGAUACGCUGAUUUGUGGCGCUUUUCGGCUGCCGGACUGGCUGCAGCGGCUGCAGGCCCUGCGCGCGCGCAAGGUGCCGCUGCCGCCUCUAAGUGACCUGGUAAAGGACGCAGCCGCCGCGGGCGACGUCGCCGUGCUCACGUGGUUGCUGGCGGAUCAGGGCGAGGGUGCGCCGGUGUGCGAUGACCUACUGCGCGUGGCUGCGGCGGCUGGUCACGUGUCAGUACUCACAGCGCUUCAGGAGCGGGGCUGCGUGUUUUCGGAGGACGACGUCCUGACUGCGGCUCAAGCCGGCAGCACGGCAGCUGUGAGCUGGCUCCUCGCGCAGCCGCUACCACAGGAUCUCUCCGUCGACGACUGGGCGGCCGUGUUCAAGUGCUUGGCGCGUCAGGGCGCGGACCUGGUCACGCUGCGGCAGCUGCACGAGCGGCACGGCGCGCCCAUUGAUCUGGAGGCGGUGGCGAGGCACGGCAGCGUGGAGGCGCUGGAGUGGGCGGUGGGGGCGCUGCGGGGACCGAACGGGGGCGUCGAGGGCAUGGACUACCUGCUUCCCAGCAUCCAGCGCAGCACGGUGUGGUCCGCGGCGGCCGCCGGCAACCUGGCGGCGGCGGACUGGCUGGUGCAGCUGCUGGCCUCACACGGUGUGAAGCCGGCGCCGCCGCCGGCCUGGGCUGUUGCAGUGAAGGUCCAUGCGGAUGGGAAGGGCACCUUUGGGGCUCUGCGCUGGUGGCUGCGGCAGCGGCAGGAGGGGCGCUGCGCGGGGCCGUCGGAGCAGCAGGAGGGGCACGGGAAGUGGCAGGAGCAGCAGGUGGGGCCACUGACGUACACCGAGUGGCAGAAGCUGCUGGAGCGUGUGGCGUCGUCUGUGUUCGCCAGGACGGAUUCCACCAGCGAAUGGAUGUACUCGCGCGCGCUGUGGAACUGGCUGGUGGCGAAGCGGCUGGAGGCGGCUGCGCAGGAGGAGGAGGCGGGUGGACGAGUGGGUGCAGUGGCGGUGGCACGGAUGGAGGCAGCGGCAGCGGCAGCGGCGGCGCAGAACGCGGCGGUGAAGGCGGAGGCGGACAUAAGAGCCAGGAGGUACAGCGAGCUGUGUGCGCAAAUCGGUCCGGGUGCCGCUGCGGCUUUGGCGGCUGCUGUGGCUGCGAGUGCCGCUGCGCGGCGGGCUCGGAAGGUAGGUGCCUAGCAGAGCGCCCUGGCAGGGGAGGACCUGCACGAAUAGUGAGCGGUGUGUGCAGCUGCCGGCACCACAGGGUGCGUGUGCAUGGGAUGGCCGUGCGCGACCUGGCCUGUCUCGGUAGAGCAGCUGUUGCUUGCCAGCGCAAUGCAGAUACCGUAUGCUGCUUGUCGCUGUGAUUCCUGACACUCCAUGUCGUGAGCAGCGGUGACCGUGUGGUGGACGUGCAGCGGGGUGUUUUGAUUGGAUGGAUCAUGGCUGGGCAGGGGCGCGUAGGCACGGCCUUGCAGCAGCGGGACAUGGUACACAUUGUCGGACGAGUGUUUCUGCAGGCGACCAAGGUGACGUGCGCGGCCGCGAAAGAGGUGUGGAGUGCCGGGGCAUGCCUGCCGUGCUGCUGGCUUGUGCAUACGACACAGACCCUGGUCGCCAGGCAGGCUUGAGUGACUCAUCAGUCCAACUCAAUCAGCCGGGUGUAAACCAUUACUGUU